GAAACGAAACAUCAGAGAGAGAGAGAGAGAGAGAUGGCAGCGGCGAAGAAGAGCAAAGUUCUGAUUGUAGGGGGAACUGGGUACUUGGGGAAGAGGCUGGUGAGGGCAUCUUUGGCUGAAGGCCAAGAAACCUACGUGCUCUACCGGCCGGAGAUCGGCCUCGACAUUGACAAAGUUCAGAUGCUGCUGUCGUUCAAGCAGCAAGGAGCCAGGCUGGUCGUUGCUUCCUUCAGCGAUCACAAGAGCCUUGUCGACGCAGUGAAGUUGGUGGACGUCGUCAUCUGUGCCAUCUCCGGAGUUCAUAUCCGCAGCCACCAGAUUCUGCUCCAGCUCAAGCUCGUCGAUGCCAUUAAAGAGGCCGGGAAUGUCAAGAGGUUUCUACCAUCCGAGUUUGGCACAGACCCUGCCAAAAUGGAAAAUGCAAUGGAGCCCGGCAGAGUGACAUUUGAUGACAAAAUGGUGGUCAGAAAAGCUAUCGAAGUCGCCGGAAUUCCCCACACCUACGUCUCUGCAAACUGCUUCGCCGGCUACUUUCUCGGCGGUCUCUGUCAGCCCGGCCACAUUUUGCCGUCAAAGGACCACGUCGUCUUGUUAGGAGACGGCAACCAAAAAGCGAUAUAUGUUGAUGAAGAUGACAUCGCCAUGUACACCAUCAAAACCAUCGACGAUCCUCGGACCCUAAACAAGACACUGUACCUCCGGCCGCCGGAAAACAUCCUUUCUCAGAGAGAAGUUGUUCAGAUAUGGGAGAAGGUCAUUGGGAAGGAGCUCCUCAAGUCGUCCCUCUCCAAGGAAGAGUUUCUGGCCGCCAUGAAAGAACAAGAUUUCGCAGAGCAAGUUGGAUUGACACAUUACUAUCACGUCUGCUACGAAGGAUGCCUUACAAACUUCGAAAUCGGAGCUGAUGGAGAAGAAGCCUCCAAGCUUUACCCCCAAGUCAAAUACACCACAGUGGUCGACUACCUGCAACGAUAUCUCUAAUUCUCAUCCCCCCUUUUCAUUUUCAUUUUCUUUUCAUCUUUGUGUUACUCAACUUUCCAAAUUUAAUAACUUACUUCUCUCUCUCUCUCUCUCUCUCUCUAUGUGUGUGUAUUAUGAUUUGCAAUGUUAUAUGGCAGUGAAUUUCAAAUUGUCUUAAUUUCAUCACUGAAUUUCUUAAA